GCUCGCGUCGCUGGCAUUGUUGACGUCACCUGGCAGUGUGCUGCUUCUCUUAACCGGCGUGCCGAUGUCUCAGACUUACUUCGGGGAGUAAACAGUUCGCAACAUUGAUCUUCACAAAAGUACUUGGAUACUUACAUCGUUCUGAAUAAUCAGGUUUAUAAACAUCGAUCAUGGCAAACAGAGCGAUGAAAAUGCUUCUGCUUAUAGCAGUUGCUGCAAUGGCCGUGCCAUUCCUACAAGGAGCACCCGCUGCCGUCAAAUUUGUUGACAACAUACCCAUCAGCAUCAAGCUUCCAGACAGCGACGAGCUUGUAAAAACGGACGUCCCCAGCCAGUCCGCCAUACCCGAAUGCCUAAAGUCAAUGGAGGGAGUUACCGAGAACGAACAUGGCCUGGUUGCCCCAGCCGAAGCCUUUACGCAGUGUGCCAGAAUGGAGCUGGGAAGGCUUGAGUCUGAACUGAAGCCCAGCGCUCCAGAACCGGAGGACUCUUCCGAAGAAGAACCUGUAGAAGACGACGUGCCGCCUCCCCCUAAACCAGCGGCCGCAGAACCUGCACAACCUGCAGAACCUGAGACCAAGAAGGAAACGCCGCCUCCGGCCGAAUCCAAGCCUCACGUCCCUGAGGCCCCGCAGAUUCCGGACCUGACGAGUAUCACCGACGCUUUUACCAAGGUCAAGCCCAUUGACAAACACCCCACUAUCCUUGCUGAAGUGGUGAAGAUCUUUCAGGUGAUAUUUGACUUCAGGCGCGUGAUGAGCGACAUGCAGCGAAUCCUGCACGGCGACCUGCACGGCGUCCUGCGGGAGUACCCGGAUAGAGCCCGGGGCCUCUUCCACAUGGUCAGCACCCUGCCUAGAAGGUUCGCGCAUGCACGCGGCAAGGUCGAAGAGGUCAAGGAGGAGAGCCAGGAGCCUGAGUACAUGCAGACACUGAACGAGCUGCACAACUACCUGACAUCUGCGGGCGCCUCGUCGGAAGAGCUGCCCAAUGCCCUAUCCCUUGUGAGCACACUGGAUGCACUCAAAAGCAUCGCGGGACGCCUGCAGAACCACCUGGAGGAGGGAUUCAUAGGCCGCAAGAGAGCCGCCGCAUCUCUCUCGGAACCCCCCAAGUCAUCGUCCAAGGUCCUCGAUGAAAUCAAGGACAUCUUCACGAUUAUCCCUGACACGUUCCGCGCCUACGGCCGACGGAGUAAGCUCAACGGUGGCCCGGGCAUCUUCAGUCCGUCGCCCGUGAGUCCCCUGAGCCCGUGGAAUCCACUGAACCCGUUGUCACCCAUCAGCCCCGUGUCGGCCGUGGCCCGCCUGUCCCCAGUGAACCCGUGGGCUCCCAUAUCCAGGGCCCAAGUGAAGGCUGUGGACGCCGUGUCCAAGCGACUUGUCGACCUCUUCAACGCCCGGACCGGCAGCAACAAAUCUUCCUGCCUCUCGGGUAUUUGCAACCUGAAGCCGUGAACACAAAGACGUCAUGUUUUAUUCCUGUGGUCAUGGCGUUAUACUGCUGAACAAGAGGUUGCGACCAUAACUCCCCGCCGCGGUUGUGGCGCACUGCUGUUAGUGGCAGAAUGCAAAAAAUAAGCAAGAAAAAAAAGAGAUUUCGGUGCCCUUUUAUUAGCGCCAGUUGGCCAAGUGUUUCCAGAGCACGCUGUUUCGGCGACCCUUAUCAGCCUUGACAUUUUCAACGUCAUAACACGGUAGUACAAGUUUAAACCUAAAACAUUAGUUGCAAAAAUGUGCAAUGAAACGAUGAAAAGUUUAUACAGGACUGCUUCCUUUUUGCCACUAAGAAAGCAAGUAUUCAGUAGCUACAUGGAGCGUCAGUAAAAGACUUGUUCAGCAAAGAGCAAACGUCAUGUCCAUUCGUUCACUAUUGUAUGUACAAGCAAUUUCGCCGUGCAUCCUGUCAUGUCAUUAUAACAUUGGUCUGUGAUUGCCAGAGUGGCUAAUAAACGUUGCCGUGUUGA